AUGAAAAGCUUGAUGCAAAUGAUGUAAGUAAAUAAUAAAUUAGGACUAACACAGCAUAUAAAUUAGAUAAAAUGUUAAGUGAGGAAAUUAAGAUUGAUGAACUCAUGUAUAUAUUUGGUUAGGAAAUACAGAAUGCUGAAACUUUUAAUUAAAAGAAAGACACUCUUAUUUGGUUUAGUUAUAGAGCUAACAUUUAGUUUGAAGGCAAUUCAAUAUCAGAUUAAGGAUGGGGUUGUUUAUUACGUGUAGGAUAGAUGAUGUUAGCAGUAUUAUUCUAUUAAAUAUAAGAGAAUGCUUUAAUGAGAGAAUGCAAGAUUUUAGCCAUUAAUAAAACAAAAUCAAUGAUCAUUAAUUUAUUUGAUGAUAACUAAGAGUAUUCUAGUAUAGCUCCAUUUUCAAUUCAAUAAAUAAUCAAAAGAGCCUCUAAAAAUCUAAAUAUGAAAAUUGGGGAUUGGUAUACAGGACCAAAAAUUAUGAGUGUUAUUGAAGAUCUAAAUAAAUAUAACAUGAACAUUAAAUAAAUUAAAAUAGUUAAUUUUCUAGAAUAGUGUAUUUUAGAAUCAUAAAUUGAUUUAUAGUUUUAGAAGCCACAUUUAUUAAUUAUUCAUGCUAUUAUUGGAGAUAAAUAUUUAGGAUAAUUAGAAAUUCAUUAUUUGUAGUAACAUAUGUUAAUAUCUUAAUUUGCUGGAGCUAUUAUUGGAAAAAAUAAUAAAGCCUUCUUUCUCAUAGGAUUUUAAAAAAAUAAUGCAAUUUAUAUGGAUCCUCAUUAUGUUUAGGUAAAAAUUAAUUAAUUUUGUAUAGGAAAGUAAUAAAGUCUAAAUGGAAUGUAAUCUAAAAUGUUAACCAAUUAAAAAUUUAAAUGGAACAAUAGCAUUGGCAUUCUAUAUUUCAAAUUAUCAUGAAUACAUAUAAUUUAAGAAAUAAAUUAAUUUUUAAUAAGGAUCUAUAUUUAGUAUAUUAGAAGAUUCAGGAUAAUAGUUUACUUGA